CGAGCAGGCGCAUGGACACACACACACACACAGUCCCGAACGCGCGCGCGCACACACACAUUUCACAGCUGGUGUGCCUUCCUCCAGCAGAGACUGACAGAAGCGGGGCGACCGCUCUAAGCUGUGAGCGCUCAUAUCUCCUAUCCUCUCCUCCACCAGCGCGUCUUUCUCAGUUGACAUAAAAACUUUGAAGAGGUGAGAGGCGAAACGUCAAAACGCCGACAAAUCACCGUCGACAGCGCGCACCAACAAAGACGAAGCGGGGUGGGCGAAAGAAAAGAACCAUCAAGUCCGAGAAAAGCGGUGGAGCCGGGAGAAAGAGGGAGCUAUGCCAUCUCCCGCCGAGCAGAGCCCAGUCCUCCUCUGUUGUGUGUCGGAGCUACAGCAUGGUGUCUCUUUCUGGACUCUGGACCUACUGCCUCGCCCCGGGGAGAACUCAUCUCCUUCUCCGGUCUGCCACGCCGCUCCUGCUGCUUAUGUUAUUAACCGUCUUUUCCACCCCGGAGUCCUGUUUUCCUCACCCCCAGUCGUGCCACAUCCUCGCCCGGAUAGGUCACACCGUGCGCCUCGGUGCGCUCUUGCCGACCCGGCAGCCGGCACGGAUACAAAACGCGCUCAACCGCGCCCUGGCGAGCCUCCGGCACCAAAGCGGAGGGGGAGACUCCACCACAACCUCCCAGCCUCCUCCUCUCCUGCCCUACAACCUGAGCCUGGAGAUGGUGGCUCGAUCGCCCGGGGGAGGGGACCCGGAGUCGUUGUCCCGUAGUGCUUGCCAGGACCUGGUGGUCAGGGGUGUAUCAGCCGUGCUCGCUUUUCCCCGCUCCAGAGAGGAGCUGAUCCAGGUGGAGUUCCUAUCAUCUUUCCUGGAGAUCCCUUUCAUCUCCAUCCUGGAGGACACAGAGCCGCUUGUGACUAAGAACCGAUUUCACCUGCAGAUGUCAGCCCGCGUGCCUCCCUCAACCCUUGGCAGCUUGCUGCUAGCGGUCCUGCAGGGAGGCGAAGGGGACAGAGAGAGGGGGAGCCGAGGGGAAGGCAGCUGGGGAGGAGCAGCUGUAAUCUGCCCCGGGUGGGACGAAGGCGGUGACGGGUUGCUGUCGCACCUGCAGAGGCACAGUGGCUCUAUUUGGCAUUUGUGGGACAUCAUCAAUCUGACCCGCAUCACGGGAGGCAGGGAAGGUAGGAGGGGGGAGGCCAGCGAGGAGAGAAGAGAGGAUCAGAUGGAAGAGGAGGCUUUGAAGAUCAUCUCAACCCGUUUCCUGCGCUCCCCUUCUCCCAUCUCCUCUGUCCUCCUCCUGGGAUCUGACCCCGAGUGCCUCUCUUCCGUCCUGCGUGCUGCUCAGCGGCUCGCUCCGUCGCUGCCGGCGCUGCAGUGGAUCAUGGGAUACCCCUUAUCUCCGGAUUCGCUACACACUCUGGGAGGUCCCCUCGGACUGUUGGCCUACGGGGAGGUCGGCCGCAAGCCAAUAAGCUUUUACAUACGGGACGCUUUGCAGUUGAUUGGCCGGGCAGUCUCUGCGGCAACUAUGGUCAGGCCUGACUUGGCGCUGGUUCAGAACAUGGUGAACUGCUAUGACAAACCAAAUCAGCACGAACUGCCCUCUUCCGGACAAUACAUUGCCAGGUUUCUAUCCAACACUUCCUUCACCGGUGCCACAGGCCUGAUCCAGGUGGACGCUGGUGUCUCUCGGAUCCUCUCUUCCCAGCUGUUCCACGUAUGGAGUCUGAAGAGGGGUGCUCUGGGCCAGCCGGCAUGGGUUACCGUGGGGCAGUGGACUCGAGGCCGGCUGGAGUUAGAGGGGGGUAUCUUGGGACUCGUGGGAGGGCUUGGGAGCAGUCAGGGACAAGGUCUUGGAGCCGGAGUGAGGGGAGGAGACGGCCAGGGGGACGGUAACUUUGGAGGCCGCUGGAGGCCGGGACUUUCCGUGGAGGGACACCGCCUCAGGGUGGUGACGCUCGUGGAACACCCAUUUGUCUUCACACGGGAGGUGGACGAGGAUGGAUUGUGUCCCGCUGGUCAGCUCUGUCUAGACCCUAGGACCAACCGGUCUGACAUAAUCCACAGCCUCUUCAACCAGCUCCACAACCCAAACGCUACGGCAGCGGACUCGGACGGCAGCUUUGACCUUCCGGAGGACCUGAGAAAGUGCUGCUACGGGUACUGCGUUGACUUGUUGGAGAAACUUGCGGAAGACAUGGGCUUCACCUUUGACCUUUACAUCGUGGGAGACGGGAAGUACGGGGCGCUGAGCGGGGCAGGCCGCUGGACGGGGCUGGUCGGGGACCUGCUGAGUGGAACCGCUGACAUGGCUGUCACCUCUUUCUCAAUUAAUUCUGCCAGGAGCAGAGUCAUAGAUUUCACCUCGCCCUUCUACUCCACCAGCCUGGGCAUUCUGGUUCGUAGCCGGGACACUGCAGCUCCCAUUGGAGCCUUCAUGUGGCCGCUCCAUUGGUCCAUGUGGGUGGGAAUCUUUGUCACGUUGCAUCUCACAGCUCUCUUCCUCACCUUGUACGAGUGGAACAGCCCCUUCGGCAUGACGCCCCACGGCAGGAACAGGUUGCGCGUGUUCUCCUACUCGUCUGCCCUCAAUCUCUGCUACGCCAUACUGUUUGGACGCACCGUCGCCACCAAGACUCCUAAAUGUUGGACGGGACGCUUCCUGAUGAACCUUUGGGCCAUCUUCUGCUUACUGGUGCUGUCUAGCUACACCGCCAACCUAGCGGCAGUCAUGGUCGGCGAGAAGACCUUCGAGCAGGUUUCAGGAAUUCAUGACGAGAAGCUUCACCAUCCUUCCCUGGGCUUUCGUUUUGGGACGGUGAGGGAGAGCAGCGCCGAGGAUUACAUGAAGAAGAGCUUCCCAGAGAUGCACGACUACAUGAGACGUUUCAACCAGCCCACGACCCCGGAAGGCGUUCACAUGUUAAAGACAGAUCCUCCUACCCUUGACGCGUUCAUCAUGGAUAAAGCCCUGUUGGACUUUGAGGUCUCUAUCGACGCCGACUGCAAACUGCUCACUGUGGGGAAGCCUUUCGCUAUUGAAGGCUACGGCAUAGGCCUUCCCCAGGGCUCCCCUCUAACCCGCAACGUGUCGGAGUUCGUAAGUCGCUACAAGUCUGACGGCUUCAUGGACAUGCUGCAUGACAAAUGGUAUAAGGUUGUGCCCUGCGGGAAGCGAGUCUUCGCAGUCACGGAGACUCUACAGAUGGGGAUCCAGCAUUUCUCCGGCCUGUUCGUGCUGCUGUGCAUGGGGGUGGGCGGAGCCUUGCUGACCUUGGCGGGUGAACACACCUUCUAUCACCUGGUCAUCCCUCGCCUACGGCGCACGCACACGCUGCAGUACUGGCUGCACACCAGCCAGAAAAUCCACAGAGCCCUCCACACCACGUACGAGGAUGUCGGGAAGGAGCUGACUGGCAUCGACCAAAACCCGUCCUCUUGUAUCUCAGAGAACUGCACCCUACACAGGAAGCAGCACCAGCCUCCUCCGCCGUCUCCCCCCACGUCCCUCCCCGCCUCCACCACGGCUGGGGACACCGGCGACUCCUCGCCGUCCCACGAGCCCAAGGAGAAACGCGUGCACUUUGACCUGGAGACACUUCACAGCUACCGCCUGCGCACGCACACCGCUUCCGUGCGCGGCAGGCCCGGGAUGGUCGGGCGCCCCGGCCUGGGACUGGGCGGCCUGGGUUUGGGCGGCCUGGGGAGUUUCGCCUCUCCCCCGCCGAUCAGCCUCCACGCCAACGGAGGCCCCGUCUCGACUCUUGCCUCCACGGGCUUGGUGCUCUCGCCCCUGGGGGGCAGGGCGGCCCAGACCAGCCUGUGGGAGGGGGAGCUCCAAGAGCUGCAGGGCAAGAUCGAAAUAUUCCGCACCCAGCUGAGGGAGGCUCUGGCGAGGAGGGCCGAGAUCCAGAACAGCCUGGAGAGGGAGCGGAGUGGACUCGUUCGCAGGGAAACGAGUCUGGAGAGGGAGAGAGACAGACAGAGGAUACAAACUAUUAACACAGACAGAAGUAGCUCCACUCAGCCCAAACUCCCCGAGAGGGACCGGACCAGCCAGCUGCAAACCCUGAAUAAUCAGCAAACAGGGAGGGCAAACCAGCCGGGCACAGCUGGGAUUAUCGAUCAAGGGAGAAGCAGCCAAUUAAACACCAUUAACAGUUUGGACAGAGGCAGAGCCAACCAAUUACGCCCUGUUAAUACUCUGACAGGAGAAAGGACUGUCCAGUCGCGUACCUCCACCAGUCUGGAGAGGAGUCGAGGGAACCAACAAGGUGCUGGAAACGUAGCCGCCCAAUCGCGGAACACUUCUAGCCUGGACAGACAGAAGGCUAACCUAUCACGCACUCUGAACACUUUGGAGAGGACAAAAGCCAACCAAUCAAGCGUAAGCAGUGGGACCUGAGUAGCUCCCUGAAGCCGCCUUGUGUGACUACAGGGAGGGGG